GCUUUCAGCCCACGCCCAGGCUGGGACUGUGGGGGCAGGGGCAGUGCUCAGCCUGGGAGUCAGUCCCUGACAGAGCCAUGGCCUUCGGGGGGCCUGAACCCUGGGUCCCUACCUCCCUGCUGGGCCAGAGGCUGAAGCCCGAGGAAAAGACGCCCGCCCUGGAGUUCACGGUACUGAGUGUGGGGUUUAAUGAGGAGGGCAGAUACGCCCUGCGGCUGUCCGCUGAGAACCCCCUGCAGGCCGGCUCUGGGGCUGGGGUGCAGUUGCAGGUGGAUGAUGGGGAGACCCUCCCUAUCUGCUCUGCUGUUACCGAUGUCGUUGAGCAGCAGGAUCCUGGCCAGAGCCUCACCCUCACCAGGAACAAGUUUGUCUUUACUUUACCCAAAGGGUUCUGCAAGAACGAUGGACAUCACGAUGCACAGCUGCUGGUGGAGGCCCUGAUGCUGGGCGGGGCCUCAGGAAGUGAGGUCUGGCGUGUGGGCAAGGCCAUCUUCCCCAUCUACCCACGCCCAGACCAACCCCGCAAACCUUUCAGCCAGGAGCACCGGUAUCGCUCCUGCGGCAGCCUGGCUCUGCUCCGUGCCAGUACAGACCCCACCGCCCGCCACUGCGGCCUGACUUACAGCGUGGCCUUCCACGUGCAUGUCCCUCAGCCUCCCACCUCAAACAGCCGUCUGGGGCCCAGCCCACCAGAGUCACCACGGCCAGAGCCCCCGCUGCCCAGGCUGCAGGUCACUGAGAGCCCUGCAGGCCCCCCAAACACCUCCCAGAGUGAGGAAUCUGUCAUCAGCCACCUGUCUCCCUCUAAGGGGACCAUCAUGGUCACUGUCCACAGGGCCACCAACCUACCCACCUGCAAGGAUGGCCCCGAGCCAUGGCCCUAUGUCACAGUGAGAACCACAUCUGAGGAGGCGAAGGACCAGAACUCCAAGGCAGUCACCUCUGUGACCUCAGGGCCCACCAAAGCCCCCAUCUGGGGGGACACAGUCAGAGUGCAGACCCAAGCUGAGAUGCAAGGGCAGGAGGAUGUGGUCCUCAAGGUGGUGGACAAUAAAAAGAAAGAGGAGCUGGUGUCCUCCCAAAUCCCCAUCAAGUACCUGCGUGUCUUCCACCCCUAUCACUUUGAGCUGCAAAGACCCUUCUCAUGGCUUAAAGAACAACAUGAACCUACCCAGUCUGGGAAAGCCGAGGAAGCCACUGCCAAGACCCAACUAUAUGCGACAGUCAUUUGGAAGGGCAGCUUCAUGUCCGGCCAUAUCAGCUGCAACCACACAGCUCUAGAGGUCUUUGUCCGGGGAGUCAACGAGCCCCUGGUAAACAACCCCAACCCAAUGGUGGUUGUUGCCCGGGUGGUUCCCAGCUACAAGGAUUUUAAGGUCAAGCAGCUAAACCAGGACCCGGCAUCCCUGGGACUGCCCAUCACCCCACUCUCCUUCCCUAUCAAAUCCGUGAGGAGCUUUGAUGUUCCUCGACUGGGCCAGAACGGGUGCCCUCAGUUGUCCAAACCUGGGGGACCCCCAGAGCUGCCCUUGUGGAAUCAGUCCUUCCUCUUCCAAGGCUGACAUGGAGCCCCCAGCUUCUCAGAAGGCACAGCCCUGGUGCUGGAGUACUACUCCUCCACUUCAGUGAAAGGCAGUGAGCCGUGGACCCUCGGCGAGCCCCUGGGCACCUCCGUGUUGCCGCUAAAGAGCCGUUUGUACCGCGAGACGCUGACAGGGAGAGACCUGAAUGGGCUCGCGGAGAAGCUCCCCAUCGCUGAUACGGAGCUGAAAACCAUAAACGGAGAGGCCCCCACAGUGGGCCUGUCCCUCCAGCUGCUUUCUUCUGAGAGACCAGAAAUCUUCUUAACACCAAACAACAGCAAAGUUCUGCCCAUCCUGAACCCCAAGAUCUUAGAUGAGAAGCUAGGUACCAUUCAUGAACACUGGUCCAAAGCCACGGUGAACUCCCCAGAGGCCUCCAGCACAUCCACCUCUCAGGAAGCUGAGGAGGAGCCUCGGGCGCCCAAGAUCUGUCAAGAUGUGGAGAUGAACAACUACCGGGGGGCCAUGCAGAAGAUGGCAGAGGACAUUCUGUCGCUGCGGAAACAGGCCAGCAUCCUGGAGUCAGAGAACCGCAUGCUGAGGAACCACCUGACCCAGGAGGAGGAGGAAGAGAAACAGAGCAAUGCCAACAAGGCCCAGAAGCUGGUGUCCAUGAGGCAGAAGCGGCUGCUGAGUGACCUGGGCAUGAAGAAGCUGAGGGCCGAGGUGCAGCAUUUGCAGAACGAGCUAAUUCGAAAGAAUGACAGGGAGAAGGAGCUACUCCUCCUGUACCAAGCUCAGCAGCCACAAGCUGUGCUGCCGAGGAGGUACCAGGACAAGCCACAGAAGGUGAAGGCCCUGGAGGAGACCGUGCGGCAGCAGGAGAAGGUGAUAGAGAAGAUGGAGCAGGUGCUGGAGCAGAAGCUGUGGGAUAGGAGCGCGCCCCUGCUGGACAGGCCUCAGGGAAGGCCCCUCGCAGCCUUCCCUGUGCUCUCAGCCUCCGGCCUUCCCCUGGGCCCUUCCGCAGAGGAUCUGCCUGUUGACCUUUACUCAGUGCUGGUGGCCGAAAACGCGGAGCUCCGGGCAGAGCUGGAGAAGAGCCGUCACCAGCCGGCCCCCAUCAUUCUGCAGCAGCAGGCCCUGCCGGAUUUCCUUGCCAAUCCUUCAGACAAGUUUAACCUCCUGGCCAAACUGGAACGAGCCCAGAGCCGCAUCCUGUCCCUGGAGAGCCAGCUGGAGGAUUCAGCUCGACUCUGGGGACGGGAGAAGCAGGACUUGGUCACACGGUUACAGGAACAAGAGCAUGGCUUGGGACACCCCUCGGACUCCGUCAUCACAGACCUGCCGAACCCUUCAACCCACACCAGGGACCACAGGCGACCCUCAAAGCUGGACCCCUUGAUGCCCAGUUCGGAGACUAAGCACAACAAGCACUCGGACUCCCAGAAGAACUGAGACCCCACAGAUCUUAGUGCUGGAGCCAGCCUCCCUCUCUGUGUGCUGGAGUCUCAUCCCCAGCCUCUAAAAAUGACUUUAUUAAAUGCUACAG